AUGGCGGAGGAGCGGGCGCUCGCCAUGGUCACCUGCACGGCCCCCGUCAACAUCGCCGUCAUCAAGUACUGGGGCAAGCGGGACAAUGACCUGAUUCUGCCCAUCAACUCCUCCCUGAGCGUGACGCUGCACCAGGACCAGCUGAAGACCACCACCACGGCUGCCGCCAGCCGGGACUUCACGGAGGACCGGCUAUGGCUAAACGGGGAGGAGGCCGACGUGGGGCACCCCCGGCUGCAGGCCUGCCUGCGGGAAGUACGGCGCCUGGCCCGUAAACGCCGGGGCGGCAGCGCCGAGGACGCGGCCCCGCUCAGCCUCUCCUACAAAAUCCACAUCGCCACCGAGAACAACUUCCCCACCGCCGCCGGCUUGGCGUCCUCCGCCGCCGGCUACGCCUGCCUGGUGUCGGCGCUGGCGCGGCUGUACGGCGUGGAGGGCGAGCUGUCGGAGGUGGCGCGGCGUGGCUCGGGCAGCGCCUGCCGCAGCAUGUUGGGGGGCUUCGUGCAGUGGCAGCGGGGCGAGCGGCCGGACGGCAGGGACAGCCUCGCUCACCAAGUGGCCCCCGAGACCCACUGGCCGGAGCUCAGGGUCCUCGUCCUGGUGGUCAGUGGGGAGAAGAAGCAGGUGGGCAGCACGGCGGGGAUGCAGACCAGCGUGGACACCAGCCCCUUGCUGAAGCACCGGGCAGAGGCGGUGGUGCCGGAACGCCUGGCCCUGAUGAUGCGGCACAUCCGUGAGCGGGACUUCGAGGGCUUCGGGCAGCUCACCAUGCGGGACAGCAACCAGUUCCACGCCACCUGCCUCGACACCUUCCCCCCCAUCUUCUACCUCAACGACCUCUCCCGGCACAUCAUCGCCCUGGCACACCGCUUCAACGCCCACCACGGACGCACCAAGGUAGCCUACACCUUCGACGCCGGCCCCAAUGCCGUCAUCUUCACGCUGGCUGACACCGUGGCCGAGUUCGUGGAGGUGGUGAGGCGCAGCUUCCCCCCUGCCGCCAACGGGGACCAGUUCGUGCGGGGGCUGCCCGUCGGCUCGGCUUCGCUGCCGGAGGAGCUGCUCGCGGCCGUGGUGAUGGAGCCGGUGCCGGGUGCUGUCCGGUACAUCCUGCACACCAAGCCCGGCCCCGGCCCCCAGCUCGUGGAUGACCCCAGCCAGCACCUCCUGGGAGCGGAUGGGCUGCCCCACCGCUGCGCCUGAGCCCCGGUGACACCGCCAGGGACAGCCGUGACAUGGCGAGGGGGGGAAAACUCUGCCGGUGCCACCUGGGGGGGCUCGGUGUGCUGAGUCCAGCCCGGUGCAAAGCCGUCCCCAGCCCUGGGGCAGGAUGUGACCCCCCCGGGGCUGGUUUUUACUCUUUUGUAAGGAAAUAGAGGGUUUCUGGCUGCA